CUUGGGGCGGGGCGGGCUGUGCGGGUCCUCCUGUGCCUGUCCCCGGCCAGGGCUCCUGCCAUUGUCCCACACUGCCUUUCAUGUGUCCUCGUUGUCUCGCUGUUCCUGCUUGAACUACGCGUCCUCUGAGUUCCUAAACGAGCCAGCCCAGAGAUGCUGGAAACCUCACCAUUGAAGCCGAUCACGGCGUCAAGUUCCAGCUCCGCCACUUGAGCCUCCGGGGAAAUUUCGUUCUCCAUCUCUGGGAAGUUCUGCUUAUUUUGCUCUCCUACCAGGCUCCGGUCGCGCACGGGACGAACUGCGGGGAGUGAGCCGCCCCGGCCGCCGUAGUCAGCUGCUGCGAGCAGGAAGAGUCCGAGCGGCGGGCGGAGUCUGCACGAUGGCACCGGACCCCUGGUUCUCCACCUACGAUUCUACUUGUCAAAUUGCCCAAGAAAUUGCUGAGAAAAUUCAACAACGGAAUCAGUAUGAAAGAAAAGGUGAAAAGACACCAAAGCUUACCGUGACAAUCAGAGCUUUGUUGCAGAACCUGAAGGAAAAGAUCGCCCUUUUGAAGGACUUAUUGCUAAGAGCUGUGUCAACACAUCAGAUAACACAGCUUGAAGGGGAUCGAAGACAGAACCUCUUGGAUGAUCUUGUCACUCGAGAGAGACUACUUCUGGCAUCCUUUAAGAAUGAGGGUGCUGAACCAGAUCUAAUCAGGUCCAGCCUGAUGAGGGAAGAGGCUAAGCGAGGAGCACCCAACCCUUGGCUCUUUGAGGAGCCAGAGGAGACCAGAGGCUUUGGUUUUGAUGAAAUCCGACAACAGCAGCAGAAAAUUAUCCAAGAACAGGAUGCAGGCCUUGAUGCCCUUUCCUCUAUCAUAAGUCGCCAAAAGCAAAUGGGGCAGGAAAUUGGGAAUGAAUUAGAUGAACAAAAUGAAAUAAUUGACGACCUUGCCAACCUAGUGGAGAACACAGAUGAGAAACUGCGUACUGAAACCAGGCGUGUAAACAUGGUGGACCGAAAGUCAGCCUCUUGUGGGAUGAUCAUGGUGAUUUUACUGCUGCUCGUGGCUAUUGUGGUCGUCGCAGUCUGGCCAACCAACUGAUGGCGGUAAAGAGACCAUCAGCUGUGACACCUGCCAAUGACAGAUGAAAACCCAGCACCCUUUUGGUACGCAAAGCCUGCCCUCAAUAAAUUCCCCCAAAGCUCCGAA